CAAGUGUGCAAGGCUCACCAAUUGAGAGGCAGAGGCAGCACUAGUCGGGCUUAGAGACUUGUUCUCCUCUCCCCUGAGCGGAGGCUCCUGGAGAAGAAGCAUCUGUGCCCAGACUUUUCUUGAUUCCGGAGAUGAUGGUGCUGGACAAGGAGGACGGUGUGCCCAUGUUAUCCGUACAACCCAAAGGGAAGCAGAAGGGCUGCGCUGGCUGCAACCGGAAGAUCAAGGACCGCUACCUGCUGAAGGCUCUGGAUAAGUAUUGGCAUGAAGACUGUCUAAAGUGUGCCUGCUGUGACUGUCGUCUUGGAGAGGUUGGAUCAACUCUUUACACAAAAGCAAAUCUCAUUCUCUGCCGCAGAGAUUACCUGAGGCUCUUUGGUACCACCGGGAAUUGUGCUGCCUGCAGUAAACUGAUCCCUGCCUUUGAGAUGGUGAUGAGGGCCAGAGAUAAUGUUUACCAUUUGGACUGCUUUGCCUGUCAGCUCUGCAACCAGCGAUUCUGCGUGGGAGACAAGUUUUUCCUGAAGAACAACAUGAUCUUGUGUCAGAUGGACUAUGAGGAAGGGCAGCUGAAUGGGAGCUUCGAGUCCCAGGUUCAAUAACAGCCCCUGCUUUGCUGGAGCACUGUGGGAUGGGCGCUUGGCCGCACGAGCAGCGAGGGCGUCUGUCAGCUUGCCUGCAAUAUUUUUUUAAUUCUUGGUCCAGAGAGGACUAUAUACAUUGUAGUACUUUUCCCCCCCAACACAAAGCAGUUACAAUUUUAGAUGUACAGUUGUGCCUGCUUAGCUGAGCACUGCAUUGCUUGUAUGUUUGUGAGUUUUUGGGGUCUGGGGGAGGGCUCUGUACAGUCUGUUUUCUGUAUAUAAACUGGAACAUUUAUUUUAUGAAAAAUGUAAUGCAAUUUUAUUACUGGUGUGAAUUAAAAAUUAUGAAUGUUUCCUGGUCA